AUGAUGACGUUGGACGAUGCGCAGUGCCGAGCCGUCGCGUACGACCGCGCAUUCGUAGCGCUGGGCCUACGUCUGAAGCAGCGGGCGUUCAUGCAGGCUUUCGGGUGGUGGGACGAAAUACAGCUCCUACGGAAACAUGGGCUGUACGUCGAGGAAGACCACGAUAGCGCGUCUGAUGCAGAAGAGUCCGCACGCGAUAGUGAGCAAUCAGUUGGCCUAUUCGAUGAAGGCGUCGAGGACGACUGGGACGCCGAGGACCUCCGACUGGGCGAUGGGAGUACCGCACAGGUGUCGGAUGACGAGCUGUACUAG